CUACAGUCCACUAGACGAUCUCGAAGCGAAAGCUCGCUUUACUAGUGUUAAUAGAAAAAGUUUAGUGACAUUUAGUAACAUGGCUCCCAGAAACAAGGAACAAGAACAGGAGGUCCUGAACUGGAUCAGCGCUGUCAUCGGAGAGCCCCUCCCCAGCGCUGCCUACGAAGACUACCUGAAGGACGGUGUCAUCCUCUGCAAGCUCAUCAACAAACUGUCCCCAGGAUCCGUCAAGAAGAUCCAGGAGAGAGGAACCAACUUCCAGCUCAUGGAAAACAUUCAGAGAUUCCAAGCCGCCAUUAAGAAGUACGGAGUACCUGAAGAAGAAAUCUUCCAAACCGCUGAUCUGUUCGAGAGGCGUAACAUUCCUCAAGUCACACUUUGCUUAUACGCUUUGGGAAGGAUCACCCAAAAGCACCCCGAAUGGACCGGUCCUCAGCUUGGCCCCAAGAUGGCUGAGAAGAACGAGCGUACCUUCACUGAGGAACAGCUCCGUGCUCACGAAAGCGAACUGAACCUCCAAAUGGGUUACAACAAGGGAGCUUCCCAGUCAGGCCACGGUGGUUUCGGCAACACCCGCCAUAUGUAAAUCUCUAUCAACAAGUCAUCGCUUCUUUCCUACAAGCUUGCCAAUGAGACCAGCCGAACAUGUCGGUGUAAAACAGUAUUUUUAUGAAUGUCAAAUGAAGGUCGAAAUUACAUGAUUUGUAUUCUCUUCUAAGUCAAUAAUGUCUGCAGUGCUUAACAACGUCAAAGAUUGUGUGAUAGUGUUAAAUUAUUACUAUUUAGUAACUAGGUAGGACCUAUUAUAACUCCUAACAGCGCUAUUUUCGAUAAGUCUUUUUUACCGAUAUUUUAUUUGUAAAUAUUUAACUUUAUCUAUUAAAUAUCAUUUGUAAGUAA